CAAUGGUACAUCAAGGAAAGUUCUCUUCUGGCAAGACCUGGACCAGCCCAGAGCAAUAGCUUUGGAUCCAGCACAUGGGUAUAUGUAUUGGACAGACUGGGGUGAAACACCCAGAAUAGAACGGGCAGGAAUGGAUAGCAGCACACGGAAAAUAAUUGUUGAUUCAGACAUUUAUUGGCCUAAUGGACUCACGAUAGAUCUUGAGGAGCAGAAACUGUACUGGGCUGAUGCAAAGCUGAGUUUCAUUCAUAGAGCAAAUCUGGAUGGUUCCUUUAGGCAAAAGGUCGUUGAAGGUAGUCUCACUCAUCCGUUUGCGCUGACCUUGUCUGGGGACACGCUGUAUUGGACAGAUUGGCAGACUCGCUCCAUUCAUGCCUGUAACAAAAGGACUGGAGAAAAAAGAAGAGAAAUACUGAGUGCACUUUACUCCCCAAUGGACAUCCAGGUCUUGAGUCCAGAGCGGCAGCCAUACUUUCAUACUCCCUGUGAAGAAAAAAAUGGAGGCUGCUCCCACCUGUGCCUUCUGUCUCCCAGAGACCCCUUCUACAGUUGUGCCUGUCCCACUGGAGUGCAGCUGGAACAUGAUGGCAAGACUUGUAAAGCAGGUGCUGAGGAAGUCUUAUUGCUUGCAAGAAGGACAGAUUUGCGAAGAAUCUCCUUGGACAUGCCAGAUUUCACUGAUAUCAUUCUGCAAAUAGACAAUAUCAGGCAUGCAAUUGCAAUAGAUUACGAUGCUGUUGAAGGAUAUAUAUAUUGGACUGAUGACGAUGUCAGGGCGAUUCGUCGGGCCUACCUCGAUGGCUCUGGAGCGCAGACCCUAGUGACCACAGAAAUCAACCACCCUGAUGGCAUUGCAGUGGAUUGGGUGGCUAGGAACCUCUACUGGACUGACACAGGAACAGAUCGCAUUGAAGUGACUCGAUUGAAUGGGACAUCCAGAAAGAUCCUGAUAUCCGAAAAUCUAGAUGAACCCAGGGCAAUAGUGCUGAAUCCUGUGAUGGGCUACAUGUACUGGACAGACUGGGGUGAAAGUCCAAAGAUUGAGUGUGCUUAUCUGGAUGGCUCAGAGAGGAGAGUCCUGGUAAACACUUCCCUAGGCUGGCCCAAUGGCUUGGCACUGGAUCUUGAAGAAGACAGACUCUACUGGGGAGAUGCAAAAACGGACAAAAUUGAGGUCAUAAAUGUUGAUGGAACAAUGAGGAAGACCCUCCUAGAAGAUAAACUGCCACAUAUAUUUGGGUUUACGCUACUGGGGGACUACAUCUAUUGGACAGACUGGCAGAGGCGAAGCAUUGAAAGAGUUCACAAAACAAGGGCAAGCAGGGACAUCAUAAUAGACCAGUUGCCAGACCUAAUGGGCCUCAAAGCAGCAAGUGUCACCAAAGUGUUUGGAACCAACCCAUGUGCUGAGAAUAAUGGCGGUGCAGCCACCUGUGUUUCUUCACACCUCAGGAGACCAGAUGUGCUUGUCCCAUAGGACUGGAGUUGCUGAGUGACAUGAAGACUUGUAUCAUCCCUGAAGCCUUCCUGGUUUUCACUAGCAGAGCAGCAAUCCAUAGGAUUUCCCUUGAAACCAAC